UCCCUGUGUUUCUCUGCUGGCUGCACUGAUGCAUCUCUGAGACACAGGGCUAAUCAUUAUAGUGUUACUUUAUAGCCAGCUAUUAUACAGUCAGCUGAUGCCCUCCUAUACCUGCCUUACAACCGGCCUGGAAUCUACCAACGCUGACACAGACUCCAUCUCCUGUAGUGAUCGGUGAAUCUGUGAUCAAUACCUGGGAAUUAUAAUCAAGAUAAUAAUACCAGUUGGCUUUAUAGACCAUUCAUCGUUUCCGUGUGAUCCGGUUAAUGGAUGGGUCAUGUGACAGAAAACAUAUUCACCUGGAGUGCAUGUGUGUACAGAAACGAAAUUCCUAUUGCACGCGUCUAUAAAUAGCUUUACUCCACAGAGCUCAAUCAUUUGCAUCCAACAUUUGUAUGGAAGCUUCAGGUAAACGUUGAUCGUGGUAUCUUUGUGUGUAAAUAGUAUUCCUGUUGAUCGGGAUUCAUCAGCCAACAAAUUAAUGUGUUGGGUCAUCGUGGUUGGGGAAUUCAGGAAACCUUCCGAUGGGAAUACACACAGGAUCUGUACACACUGUGAAUGGAUACAGCUCAGCUGGUGCAGUUACUACAGGUGCUAAACAUACUGAUGUAAUUACUCAAACAUCGACUAGUGAAAUCUACAGUGAAUCUCGGAUUUACGUACUUUUCUCUAUAUAUAGCUCACUGAUCUUUUACCAACCGUCCGAUUUACCUGGGCUUUUCGUUGAUGAGAGAAUCAAACUGUGUGCCCUAUUUUCGUUGAUGAGAGAAUCAAACUGUGUGCUCUAAUACAUUAAUAUUGUAAUUGAAUGACACACCUAGUGGAUUUCGGCAUUGAAUCAUAUACUCCGAGUGUACCCUAGAUUCAAAGACACCUCAAUGACAUUGACUCAUUUGGAUUCCACAUCAUAUAUACUAAAUGUCAUGAUACUAAUUUCAUUUUUGCUAAUUUGGCUCAAGAUUGUUUACGUUUCAGACAUCAUUGAUCAACAAAGGAGAAACAUCUGCAUCGGGAUUUCAACCUGUAAUACUUAUGUGAAAAUGAAAGAUGAAGAGAUCAAUAAAUAUGUGUGCAUCUAUUACUGAAAAAAAUGUCGCCUCGGAUACAAAGAAAAAUGGUUUGAUAUGUAGUCAUUAGCAACAGAGAAUUAAACGAAAGAUGUAUGUCUGGGUAUGAUCGUUUACCAUUAACAGCGAGUUGAAGGCUACCGAUAUGUUAUUCAUUAGCUGAAGCUAUGCAAAUAUUGAGUGAAAGUCGGCUCUAGGAGGAUGUAGAUCAGGGUCCUAGGGAAGCUUGUGUCAGUGUAAAUGGAAAAUGAUUGAUUUGUAGUACCAAUACGGGCUCAAUUCAAUGUGACUGUUAUAAACCAUUGGAGGGAAUUUAUGGAAAGUAGCAGUAGGCAAUCAAAAUGUCCGAAAUGUGAUGAUAUAUGUGUGUGUACCUGAUAGUUAGUUAUUGAUGUGGUAUAACUACACACAAAGAACAUACAAAGAUAUAUUGUUUAAAAAAAAAGCAACUGGAAACGAAGCGAAUGUGAAUAAUCUGUCACAAAUUAGUUAACCAAUAUAAUGUUGUGUGUGUGAUUUUGUUUAGACGCACACUGAAUGAAGUGAAUUAGUUUGUUUUUCAAAAUAUUCAGAGCUUUACAGCAUGGAUAGCUACAUCUACAAACAACCUGCUUCUGUUGAUAAUAAAGAUUCACCAAAAAAAAGGGCUAAAAAUUUGACAAACAAGGAUGGCAAGAAAGAUGGCGGAGUUCUGUCACUGCUAGGGAAGAAAAAGAAACCAGCAAGGCAAAAAAAGCCACAGGAACUGAAACGACAGAGUCACGUUCUGGCAACAGAUUCAUCUGCCAUUGGUAAGAGGUAUGGAAGUGUGGAUUCAAGUCCUACAAGCCCUCCCUGGCGUGGUUCUGGCAGGGGCUCAGUUCGGACAUCAGUGGGGUCGUGUCCAAACAGCCCAAUGAUGACAGGGUACCAGGGACCCAAAGGUAACAUGAUGUCAAAAUCAGCUUUUGAGGCAUUUUGGAAUGGACCUGAGCCCCUGUUUGAUCCCACGAAGGGUCCAAAAGAAUACAAGAAGGAUCUGUCACCAGAGUCGGAGAUUGGCAAUAAGGAUUUACACUUGAAACCUGGUGGAAGUCCAGAGGUACACCGGAUACAGCUGAGGGUCAGUUCUGCAACUCCCCCUCCCAGGGCCCCGCCGGUGUAUCAAAACGCUGACCAGCUACGAUCUCCACCCCCUAAACCAAAACAUACAAUAGACCACAACUGUGCUGUACAUUCUGCUGCGGGACAUCACACUCGUUACAAGUUUCCUUCUCCAGGAGUUAGUCCGGAAAUUCAAAGAAGUAACUCGCCAAACACAUCAAGGCAAAGUUCUCAGGAUAGUGAGGUUCCAGCAGAUGCACCGAAAUCCACGGCAACCAGCGUGUUGCCGGACCACUACAAAUAUCUCAGUGAUUACACCUACAGUGAGCUUCCACCAAAACCCAGGCACACUAUGCCACAGCAGUUUAUUGUACAGGACGGUGUUUAUUCCGAAACAACUACAGAGCGUGUCCGACGAAACAUUGUACCGCAACAGUAUGUCGCACCUGACGAAAUUUAUUCGAAAGCCAUGCCAGAAAAAUUGCAAAAAAAUGAAAAUGUACAACAGUGUGAUACAGAAGGAAUGUAUUCAAAUGGAAGUCCUGAAAAGGGUCGUCGUAGCCAUUCUCAACAACUUGUCGGUUCUGAAGGAAUCUUUUCUCAGGGAAGUCCAGAAAGAGAUCGCCACAACACGAUGUCUUCUUCGUCACAUUCAAGCCCAGAAAGUCCACGUGCUCAAAUUAUCCGUGCUUCCCAACAUAUUCACUCAGGAUCAGGGAUUAUACGGAGACAGCAUAGCCUUCCGACACCAGGCAAUAGUCCGGAAAUCCAGCGUAUUUUACGAUCGUGUCCUCCUCCUGAAGAUAGUCCUUCGCCUCCGACUCAGCGAGCCAGAUCUGCUAUGGAUGAAGGAAUCUACUACCUAGCUGCUCCGGUACAAGUCAAAUCAUAUCACCAUGGCAGUUUGGAGGAUAUAAAGGGAGGUUACUCCAGUGAGCCAGACACUAUAGUUUGGAGGUCAAAUAAUUCAAACUACUCCGCAAUACAAUCUAGGACUUUACCCCAAAAGCCGCCAUCUUCAGGUCGAAGACAGGAACAACAUCCCAAAAAUGCACCCCGCAAACAUCCGCGUAGACACACUGUAGGUGGUGCUACCCUAAUGCAGGAAGGUCCUGAAGAAAGUGCAGAGGACUCUGCACGGAAAAAGGAGGCGUUUAUGGAACUACUGGCCAAGAGGUAUCCACAAUAUCGGGACAAAAUCAGUGGUACAGGGAGUGAGGAUGGAUUUCCUAUUGGGGGUCGAAGGACACGUGACCCAGCACGACGGGCCACUGUGGUGACGUAUAACCCUGGGAGUGUAUCGGGUGAAUAUGAGGAUUCCGACACCAUGUCCAACAUCGAGGGUCCGGUCACUAACUUCACCAGAGGCGGGUACAUGCGGUCAAGUCUACCCAUCGUCCGGUCACCCCCAAACACCUAUGAACGACCUAUGGGUUUUGUGUUUCUCAUUUACCGGGAGGAGACACGGCGUGCUGUGUUACCCAAUGAAAUCACACACCUCGACACUGUGCGAGCCAUGUUUGUUCGUGCAUUUCCACAGAAACUGAACCUGGAAAUACUCGAGUCACCUCGCAGGAAGAUAUAUGUCCUUGAAGCAAAGAGCUCCAUUUAUUACCAACUGGAAGACUUACGGGAUAUCCGAGACCGUUCUGUAUUGAAGAUCCAUGAAUGUGACAGUUUUGAACCCCAGAAGAUCAAGGAGCCAGCCCCUGAGACCCGGGGCAAACUUGUCCAGCCUCCUGCAGGACAGAGGGGGCAGGGGUUCCCUGGGGAGUCACCAGCUACAGCCAUCACAGACCACGUACGGAAAGCCCAGACGAUGCCUCCCAGCAUGGCUCAUUCCUAUCCGUCUUAUGUGGAAAUGGAGUAUGAAAGGCCAAGGUCACAAACACCUGACCCCAUACGAAUGUCGAAAAGUCAGGGGACAUCGUCGGGGACAUAUGGCCGUGUGAUGUACCAGUCCCCAGAACGCCAGCUUUCACUUGAGCGCCCCAACCUGAGACCCAUCCCAGAAAACCACCAGAUGCAAAAUGGCUACAUUCCUAACAGUAAGAAGACUUCAUAUGAUGAUAUGGACGGACGUGGCCAGCCUAUAUAUGUUCAUCUCCAGGGCUGUCGGAGUCAGCCCCCACCCGGGGAUCCCCUUCGGAGAGCCUUUUCCCCGCCCCCUUCUAGUGCUGUUUCGCAGGAAUAUGAACAUUUUCGAGCACCAGGAGGGCCGGCGCCAGGAGCACCGCCUCAGACAUAUGUCGCCCAUGGGACACGGGCAAGCAACGUGUCUGCGCCACAGAGGGCAACUGGACCAGGCACUGAUCCACGACAUGCAAUGCAUAACAAUCGGCACUCACUAGCAUUCACACCCAUGGCUGAUAAAACUGUGUCACCUACCAAACCUACAGUCACUAAUGGAGUUCCGAGGUCACAGAGUUACAGGGUGGCCCCUGACACAGAGCGCUCAGUGCCGUUACCACAGCGACCUCGGAGUGUGACCCCUCAACCCGUGCCCCCAGAUGUAGACUCAAAGUACGACGAUUGGUUUCGUAUGGACAAGAUGGAGGCCCAGAUAGCCAACCUUGCGGCCUGGGUACAGACAGCCGUGGUGUCCACCAACUCCAGCCGCGCCAGCAGUGUCAGGAGUGGUGCCAGUACUACACCCUCGGACACAGGGGGCUCACAGCUGGGGAGCAUUCCUGGAAAGGUGGAAGCGGAAGAUGCAUUAGAUAUGAAAGGUUUAUCAGAUCUUUCGACCGCCUCACAAACGACCUUGACUCCAGGAAUCAAGGAGGGUAUCCUCAACAUCAAGAAGCAGACGACAGAACUCCGCUCCGAUCUGCGUAACAUCCGACGACUCCAUCAGCUCAACAAGGAAUGCAUGCAAGAGUCGAUCCAGGACACCUUACAGAAAAUCACGAAAGUGCUGUCGACUGUCCCAGGCACAGAAAACCAGGUACUACGCAAACAGCGGAGUGAAACAGAUGUCCGUUUGAAAUCCUACAUCGGAGACAAAGCUAUGGCCUUUAGGGAACUAGGUGACCUUGAGUCAUGUGUGGAGGAGCUUCGAUUUGAUGUGCUGUCCCGGCAUUGUCUUGUCAACAUGACUGAUGUGGAGGGGAUGGCCCUUCUCCUCAGUCAGGUGGCACGCUGCCUGGGAGAACUCAAAGGUCUUUUCCCAUCGCUACAAGAGGAAGUCAAGCAUGUUCUAUCUGGUGAAAUGGAGGUCGUGGUUAAGGAGGAAAAAUUCCUCAAGGAUGAACCUGAUACUUUAGAAGAAGGGUUGAAACGCUGCAAGAAGCUCACAAACACCCUGUUUACACUAAAAAGGCUUGCUUCAGUUCAGGAACAUCGUCCCCAUCAAAAGGCAGGUCAGAGGUUAGGGGGCAUGGUACCAACUGAUGGUGACCGCAAACAUUUACUGGAGAACAUUACUGCCCUGGUUCCUGACCAUGAUGCUCGCCUACGGAAACUUGAGGAAGCAGAUGCAUCCAGGGAGAGGAAGAAGAAGAUUGUAGUUAAGCAAGAAGCUUUAAAAUUUGGUCGGUCGCUUGAAAUGGCAACUCGUAGCCUAAAGCCAGCAAGUUCAAAGGAACAGUUGGAGAAGGGACCAGAGGUCAUGACUGCUCUUCAGGGUACAGAGUCACAGCCCUCAGGGUCAAAAGUCGAAGGUUCGCCAAGCCUUGUGCAUAAACCUACCUCAAGUUCAAGUGAUGCAACAGUUAAGUCAUCUUCUCUUCCACCAAGUAGUUCAACCUCAGAUAAAAGCGUUCAGAGAGGAGACCGUGACCGACAGACUGACCAGUCAAAGAGUGAAACUCGCCCACUCUUAACAGAGAAAAGUCGUUCAUUGGACAAUAGAUUAGAUUCAAGAGAAGCUAUGGUGUCAGAUAUGACAGUAAUGAGGAAGCCAGCUGUUGUUGUUAGUGCUGAGUUACCGUCUGCCAGUAAGUGUUUGCCUGUUGAAGCCUCCAAACCCCAUGUCAAUGGUGACAAAAUGGCGUCUGGGAAACCACAAUUGACCAAUGGUAAGGGUGGCAGUUCAAAACGAUCAAAAAGUGUUGACAGUGGUGCGCUGGAGGAUAAAGAUGUGAAACGAAAUGCAGAAAUUUUAAGAAUUCAAAAAAAUGCUGCACGUGCAAAUUUCUUCAGUUCAAUCACAACUCCUCCAACCUCCCCAGAAGAGGAAAAACGAUCGCUGGAUUCUCCCAGUGGGGCUAAAGUCAUGGACUAUACUGUGAGAAUUUCUCCGGUCAAGGUCACAGUGUCAGGAGAGACUCAAUACACUGUGAGCUCCUCAAGCUCAAACACUCAACGACCAAAUGUGUCGAGCUCCUCUGGGAAGCCAACAUUCUUGCCAGUCUCCUCAAAAAGGGAGAAAACGGGUGAAACUAAAAGUGCCACACCCUCUCCCACUACCCCUAGUUAUGUAAUUACUCCUGGUGGUACUCGUGUUAGUAGCAUUCCAAGGAUCUCUCCUCAAAAAAAUUCUGGUGCUUCUGUUCAAAACCGUGAUAUAAGUGAACCAAAGACAUCAUCAUCACCAUCAUCCAAAGACUCCGGGUCAGUCAGUGCAAAUGGAUCAUCAAGUGCAAAAUCUAACGGUAAAGUUACUGAUAAAGUUGAAAAGAAAGGUAGUUCUUACAGUAGUGUGGAGGGGCGACAGAAACGGCCACCUCCUCCUCCACCUCCUAGAAAGAGCAGUAGUCGCCCUGGGGCUUCCACUGCAGGACCACUGUCCCCAGUGCGUACCGAGGGCGACCCACAGGACUCCAGUGUAGUGACAGGGCACCGUAUGGGGUCUGCCUUAAAUGUAGGUACUCUCACUUCCACACCAAAGGCAGGCAUCACACACAAACCCACCACUAAAUUCGAGAAAGAUUUAGCUGGUGGCAAAAGUGUCAGCAAUUUAGGUAAUAAUGACCGGAGGAAAUCUGAUAAAACUGACUCGCAAUUAGCAAAAUCAGACAAAACAGAAACUCCUGUAGUAAAAUCAGAGAAAUUAUCCCCAGCGACAGCGCCGGUGACAUUGAAAUUUGAAGAUACACUAGACCAAAGUGAGAUGGCGUCGGGUAUGAGACGUGAGGAGCGUGAGAGUAGCAGUGAGAGUACUACCAGUUCUAGUUCUCUAGACUCACAGCAGGGUACUGUUGUGCUCCGCUGUACCGGCAAAACGAACCGGAAACCAAAACCUCCACCCCCAGCACGGCGGUCUAGUCUGCCCCUCGGCAACAAUCCACCUACAGAGAAAAUGUACAGCAGUAGUAGGUCAAAGGUCAAUGGGAGGAGAGAGAGUGACGGUGAUAUUGGCUGAUAUGUGGUGGUUUAAUUGUCAGGAUCAUUUUUGUUACCAUUCUUACCAAAUUUUCAUUGAUACGUUAUGAGAUUGUUGUUAAUGUGUGCUAGGCUGACACACUGCUGUGUUUGGAAUUAUCAUUUCAUCAAUUAAAAAAUUGUCAUUUUACAAAACAUUUUCCAGAAGUUAAAUUUCACUCUAGUUAAGGUGCCGCUUGGCUCUGAUGUAGUAAUAUAAUUACUUGGUUUAAGACAAAGUAACGUCCGUUCCCUGUUGCUCUAGCUCGCAUCUCUUUUAUGCCAACUCUAGUAAACUGCUUGGUUUAAGAAUCCAUGUACCACUGUUAAAACUGUAACUGUGUAUUGGGGACUUUUUAACUGGCUCAACAGUCUGGCUAAAAAUUUAACUUCUCAAAAGAAAAUGGGUCGUGGUGGCCAAGUGGCUUCACACUAGGUCACAGUUUUAAUGCCUAUUUUAGGCAGGUACAUGUACUGGCCACAGGUCUGCGGAAUUUCACCAAAAUCCUGGUACACCCUUCAAAGACUAUAGCUGUUUAUAAGACACAAAACGCUUUCAAACCAAUCCAAUCUAAAAAAAAAAAGAAAUAACAUCCUUGAUGCUCCAGAGCUUAUGCCGUCAUGUGCUCUCUGCACGCCUAGAAUAUGUCAUAAUAAAUGCGAAGGCAUGCAGUAAGCAAUUUGAUUAGUUUCAGGUACAAAACAUGACCAUUCUUUAGGCAGAUACGUACCUGUCCUUUUAAGAUUACAAAGGAGUGACACCUGACUUUGAAGAUAGUCAAUCUUUUGGUGUCUAAUUGUAUCAUACACAUCCAUAAGGUACCUCAUACAAAACCUUCAAUUUUGCCAUGACAUAAUGAAAGGGUGCAUAACGUGGAAGUAGGCUUUACCCCUGGGGUAUCCAUGACAAAGAAAUCCAUGUCCUGUGAAAUGUUUGGGGGGCAAAUAAACAAAAAUGAAAAUUGAAAACUUAAAACCAACAUCAGCAUUUGGGAAUAAAAAUGAAAGCGUGCCAGAUCGGGAUUGGGACCCUGGAGAUAGAACUGGCAGAUUGAGUUCCUCAGCCAAGUCCUGCUACAGUUAAUAUCCAAAACAGAUUAAAGGGAGACUAUUGUGUGUAUGAAUAACUACACUGGAAUUCUGCAGUGUGACAGGGAUCCUUAAGGAUACAUUAUACUAACAGACCUGACUGUGACAUGAAUCUCCUUUCCAAGAGAACUCCUCGCUAAGAAAAACAUAAAGAUCUUGUAACAGUGACUUGUUAAGUAUAGUUAAACAUUUAAAAGACACACAAGGUUAAGUGGCCAUUUAUUGUAUUUAGCUUUUUCCCAAAUGUUAUAUCAAUUUCCAAGGGAGAUAAUUUAAAUAAAAACGCAUCAUUUGUAACUAGCAUCGAUCGUUAUCAUUACAUAAGGCUGUCAAAAGUAUUGUAAAAAAAUCAGCUGUUUAUAUGAAUAUGGGGUACAUUUACUCAUCAGUGACACCAUUUACAUUAUUCACUUCAUAAGCAUUUGUGAGAUUCAGUAUUUAUCAGUUACGAACUUUUGUUGAGGUGAAUAUAUGGCUUUAUGGACCUGGAAGGUAUUGACAAUGAUAAAAUUGAUGAGGUCAAUACUAAGUCUAUAUAUCCAUAUAUUUGCUGAAUUAGUUACGUCUUUGUUAUGUUAGGUAGGAGCUUGUGCUUCUAUAUCAUUUAACAACAUGGAAUAUACUUCCAACUCAUUCACCCCUGCAGACACAUUUGAACUCUUCCAAUUCAAAGGUUGGAAUAGUCCAUUAUGAAAUUUCAGGGGUGAAGGUGUUAGUCUUUAAGAGAAAAGUACUGCAUUUGGCUAAGAGCAUAUAUAUAUGGUGUCGCCGCAAUUCAAGUGAUGCCAACAAGAGCAUAUAUUGAUAUGUUGUCAUUAAAAUUUCAACAACAUGUUACAUUAUUUGUAAUACAAUGUAUACUGAAGUAUUGACUCACACAUGACACAUCAAGUUCAAGAAAUGCAAUUUUUGUCUAUGAUAUUUGAAUGUAUAUUUUGAAAGCUCUCAUAAUCAGAAUCAAGCUUGAUAGAUUGGUAAGUUACGGGAUAAAUAAUUUAGACAUUUUCACUAUUCAGGAUUAUUUCUUGAUAAAUGACUGAUUAUUGUUGUUUAUAAUUCUGUUAGCUGUAGUAAAGCUUUCAUGCUGUGACAUAGAAAAAUAAAACUUCGUUUGGUGUACUUUUCUUUUGAAUCUUAAAAUUUGAACACAAGAAAACUUUCUGAAACUAUUCUAGACAGGUCACCAGUUAAAGUGUUAUGAAUUCAAGUGGGUUUUUUUCCCCCAUUCGAUUAUGAGUGUCAGGUGUCUGUGUUAGGGGCAAAAUAUUUAUCAUGUUGAAUUCAGUCUUACUUUUUAUGAACCAUUUAUGUUCAAGUUGUAAUUUCAUUUAGAAUGGGCAUGGCAAGAACAUCUUGGUACAUUGCAGGCAGGCAAGCAGGCUGUUUUUUCUCUUAAAAAAAUCUAAUUUUUUACUUCAGUGAAAGAUCUUUUAGUUUAUAGCUUCUUAAAUCUUAAAUAUAUUCAGCUUAUGAAUAAAUUUUGAGAUUUAAGAUUUCAAAGAAGAUCUUUUUGGAAAAACAACAACAGAACAAUACCCUCAUGGAACUCACAGGGAAAGAAGAUUUUUUGAAAGUAUUGAAAAAAGGUUGCCUUUUCGUUAGGAUGUUAAAAUCUGAAUUGAAAACAGUAAUUCAACAUUUUAGGGCAAAAGUGUUAUGUACACCAAAUCUUAAGAAUAUGAGGCCAGAAAUUAUUAAUCCAGAAAAGUGUAUUACACCUGUCAUUCCUCGUCAGUGAAAUAUAUCAACGUUCCAUGUUUCCUGUAUGAUGCUGGAGUUAUUUCCCUUGAACUGGUCUAUAGGACCCUGUUCGUUUAUGUGGAACAACCGGUUUGUCAGUUUUUAAAUGUAACCACUUUGGGUAUUAAUCCUGUCAGACCUGCAAAUGUUUAUGCAGGCCUUGCAAGGCUUUGUCAAGGCGCGUCUGAAAGCAACAUGAGUUGACUUAAUUGGUCCGACCUUAUUUAAUAAACGAACAACUGUGGGACCGACCGUCAACUGUUUAAACGAAAACGGCCUAGAUUUAAUGCAUUUAACCAAAUUUUGUUAUGGUUUCAAAUUUUACUUUAUUGGACUUCUAGGAUCAAGCAAAACUUUAUUUAAGCACUUUAUUUAAGCAUAUUUUGUACCCUUGUAAAUGAAGUAUACCCCUUUAUCAAAUCAUUGGAAACGGGUUAAAAAUAUUGCAACAGUUCACAUUGUCAAAACACUGGUUUUCCAGAAUCUGCCUCAGCUAAUGAACUGCGUAUCUUGUUUAUAUUCAUUUGACAACUUAAAACGGAUUGUAGGAAGAUAAUUACUUUGAUAAACCAAGGGAAACUUGCCCUUAAAAGGAGGUUAAACAUUUUCCCAAACUAGACCUUGCAUAUACAGAAAGAAGUCUUUUCCAGAUUUCACUUUUUUUUUUAAUUCUCUUAAACAAGUGGACAGGUCAACACUGAACAAGGUUUUAUCACAAAUAAGAUACAAAAGCUACACAUAUGUAAACAAGUUUAACUCAUUCACCCCUGAAGACACAUUUGAACUCUUCUAAUUCAAAGGUUGGAAUAGUUCAUUAUGAAAUUGCAGGGGUGAAUGAGUUAACAGGAGAACGGGCUUAGCAGAGAGAGAAUGGUGACUGCAGACAUAACUUAUACAUAAGAAAUGUCACUUGUACUUGUUUUAAAAGUUGAAAAGUACCUCUGUAAAAUAUGACAAUUUCAUAACCUAACUUUUAUACAACUGCCUGUACCAGGUAGAUUAAAUAAACUGUAGUGAUUUAAAUGCACAUGGUUGUGAAUAGAUUAAAAGCCUUCAUCGUAGAAGUGGAAAGUGCAAUAUUAGAACAUCAGUGUGUGUCUGGUACGAUGGAACCUCACUAAUCCCGAACUCCUGUAAUCUGGACCUUUCCAGACCUGGUACACAACUUUAAUAACAUUUUACAUGCCGUUUAUUUACAACCUAUCGGGCUCAUGGCUAUUGUAGAAUGUUAUGUUGUUAACAGAAUUGAUUCAUUAAUCCAAAAAAUUAAUUAAUAAAAAUUUCCCCAACUUUUUUGCUAAAGGACGGAAAUAUCAGGAUUACUGAGGUUCCAUUUUUAGCUGAUGAUGUAGUUAUAGAUAUACAUAUAAUUGUGAAUGGUUCAUAAAUGUUAUAAGUUAUUGAAAAUUUCAGUAAACAAUUAUUGAAGAAAGUGACAGUGAGAUUUUGAUUGGUGUCUCGCUGUAUUCAGUAUCGGUGUGAUAUUGUGUGUGAUGGAUGUCUUAACUGUGAAGGAGAAAAUGCUGUACUCGACCUAAUAAACACACAUGUGUCUAUAAUGAUGUACCCCAUAUUUGUUCAGGGUGAAUAGUAUGAUUUUAAUAUGUUGUGUUACCUCCCUUGACAGUAAAAAUUCAACUUUCUGUCCAGAGACUCAGUAUUCCGUCUUUUCCUUAUGCAGAGUUAUCUGCUCUUGUGAGCAGGUAUUGAUUGUUACGUCAUUGGUUAGUGAGAGAAACGUCAUCAAUUUUUGAGAAAAAGACGUAAUUUUUCUCACACAAUCCAAUGACGUAACAAUCAAUCCCUGCUCACAAGAGAAGAUAACUCUGCAAUACGCAAAGAUGGAAUAUAUAGUGAACUGAAGUAAACCUCCAAGCAUGUUGAUGAAUGUUUGGUGCGAUAUUUCAUGUCUGAACACAAAAACAACAAAAAAUACAUAAGACUACAUGUUGCACCGUUUUAUAUUUGUUAUUCUGGUAACUCCUUUCUGUACCAAUUCUUAGAACUGACCGACAUUUUCGCAAGAUCUUGUUUUUUGGGAAAGUAUAUUGAUCUCAAAAGUAGGGAAUUUAAAACCACAGCGAGACAUGAGGGAAGGGGUUGAAGGAUGUAACAAAGUGUAAUUAUUUCAGAUGUUGAAUUUUAUUCAUGUAAGACCGGUUUUCGUGUAUAAAUGCAGUGUGUUUAUUAGGUAGGUUACAGACUACAUAUUAUUGUAUAUAGAUAACAGAUACUGGAUAUGUUACCAUGUAUAGAAGUGUAUAGAUACAAUAGUAGCCAGACUUGUAGACUGGUGUAGGGAAUAGUAGGUCAUGUGACAUUUCAAAAGCAAAUUUGAACCUUUCUGACUGCGAUAUAGGUGUCGACAUAAAUAUAUACAAUGUGUAUAUAUACAAGGUGAUACAUUUCCUUGACACAGCUAACUUUCCAGAAAGUCUCGUUUUAUGAAUCAAAUAAGUUUGUAUAGGAACUGAGAUUAAAAUCGAGAUUAAGUCAUGAAGUGUUUACAAAUUGUGGAGCCUGUACUGACAAUAUACAUAAAGUUCAUUUGAUGUAUUUGAGGACAACUAUAAAUACUUCCUGAUAUCAUUUUCACGUUAGUGAGACAGUUGCUACUUAUCCACCUCUAGUAUGUACUGAUAGCUAAUUGAUAACAAUCAAAUGGUCAAUUCGCUUCUGAAAUGUAACAGACCUGUAAUCUAAUUUUACUACAGUAUUUACUGAUCAACGAUUUACAGGACAGUACGGGUAUUCCUACGCAAGCAGACGACAUAUUAAGGGGGGAAUUCGGGGCGAAUUUCUCAUAUUUUUAAGAGAUUUAGUGUGCUUUAUUUGAAUUGUGUGCAAUUUAAAAUCUUGCCUACUUUUUACUUGCACAUAUAUUUAUGCAAGUACAAGAUUAUUGAUUUUUUUUUUGCAAGAUGAUUUUUUUGCAAGAUGUUAUAUCUGCACAUACAUCUGAAUGCUUAAAUACAUCAGGGAUGCUUAGUGCUGGAAUGAAUUGAUGAUCAUGAAACAGCGCAUUGAGAAGCUUUGGUACUUGAAAACAUGACCACAAACUGGCCAGAUUAAUAAACAAAGGCUUUUUUGACAAACCGACAUUGUAGCUUCUAAUUCAGUAAAACUUAUUAAUAUUGCACAUGCUUUAAAGCAGUUACAUCAUUAAUUCAUGUAGAAAUAGAAUUUUAAAAAUCAUCUUUCCCUAUGGGCAGUUUUCUUUCAUAUGGCAUUUAUAAGGAUAAUAUAUUGACAAGGAAAUGUCAUAAUAUAUAACAUUAAUCAGCUGAUCUAUAUAUAUAUAGUAUGUUGCAUACAUAACAUUACCAUAAAUUACAGAGAAUUCACUUCAUAUUUGAAUCACACGUAAUCAAGUGUGAAGUUAUGAAGAAAUCAAACAAGCUCAUCGUCACUUGGCAUGUAUGUUACAAAAGAAUAGUUUGUUUCUGUUUUACGUGAAGGUUUUUGUCUCAGUAAUUGUUUGUUACCAGUGUAAGUGAUUUAAUUUCUGUAAUGAAGGGUAUUAGGACACUAACUGCCAAUGUGUUAUUUUGUCUCAUCUACACAAUAAAUGCAUGGUUUCAAAGAGA